GUUAACCAUUUAAUGUUGCCAAAACAAGACUCUCUGCUCAAGAUAACAAAUUGUAUUAUUUUAAGAACAUGUUUUUUCUUUGACAUGCGUGAACAAACUAUAAGGAAUUAACCUGAAUACUUCUAAAAUUAUCAACAUAUUGGUAUACUUCAUUACUUGGUAUCAGGGACUUGCUUUAGAUAAGUGGGCAAUGAUUCUGUUUCCGGAAGUUAAUUAUGUUUAGAACUGGAUAACUUUUCAAAAAGCAGGUUAAAAUCGAAAUACGUCAUUUGUUCAUAAAAUCUACUCGAAGUAUAUGUUGAGGAAACGUUACACGUCAUUAUAGAAGAAUGAAAGAAAGGGGUCGAAUGGAAAAAAUCUUGAGCUACAUAGUACCUCGGCGUCGCUUGGCCAUUCCAGUACUCUUGUUGAUUGGAACAGCAGUAUUAAUUUUAGCAAGAACUGCAGGCGACAUGCCUAGAAAUACAAGAAGUGUUCCGGAGUUUGAAGAAUACACUUAUGAGAGUCUCCUUAGUACAUUCCACAACGUUACACAAAUUAAUCCUCACGAAUACAACUAUUUACAUUCUCCAAUAAAAAUAUGUAAAGCAAAUGGUAAUUCAGAAGAUCCAGAACUUUUGAUUUUAGUUAAGUCUGAUGUAACGCAUUUUAGUUAUCGAAUGGGCAUACGAUCAACCUGGGGAAACUUUUCCAUUAAUUCAUUAAAGCUCGUAUUUUUAUUAGGAUACUCUUCAACGAUAGAAGAUUUAGUUAGAAGAGAAAAUGACAAAUACCAUGACUUAGUACAGGAAAACUUUAUCGACGCCUAUAGAAAUAACACCCUUAAAACAAUUAUGGCAUUUAAUUGGGCUGUACGGACAUGUCCGGGAACAAAAUAUGUACUAUUUGUCGAUGAUGACUAUUUCGUUAAUGUAAAUUCAGUUACAGAAUUUCUUAAAGUCAAUGCCACAUUAGAAAAUGAUUUGUUCGUAGGCUUUAAGGUUGAAAAUGCAAGAGUUUUCCGAUAUGUUGAAUCACAAUGGUAUAUGACAAAACCUGAAUAUCCCUUCCUUCAUUAUCCACCAUAUAUUAGUGGCGGUGCAAUGCUAUUAUCGAUGAAAACAGCUAUGAUUAUACAGAACUCAUUAGCAUACGUAAGAUAUUUGUACGUGGACGAUGUUUACAUUGGUAUAGUUGUUUAUUUACUCAAUAUCAAUCUCUCUCAUAGUGACCGUUUUGCAUUGACCUUCGCCAGUGAUAACCUUGACAGCUGUCUUGCGGCUCAUAAUUAUGGAUCGCCUGAUAAUUUGAUUCAAGAAUGGAGAAUCUUUCUCAGGAGGCAUUAUGAUUAUACUGUACAUAUAUAUUCACAACAGAUGAAGGAUAUUUUAUACAUGAAUGAUAGAGUACAGCAUUCUGUUUGAUAUUUUCAGCAAUUUUAGUUUCAUAACAAUGAUUGAUAUUUAAAAACAGUUUUAUUCAUAUGACCGCAUUUUUAAGGAUGAUUUCUCUUAAAAAAAAUUUACAAAACACUUUUAUAAAUUAAUGCUUUUUAAAUAACGAAACUAAACAAAAAACUGAAAAAUAAAA